AUGGUGAAUCCGAUGGCGGCCCAGCCCCAGGGCGGCGGCAAGAACAAGCAUCCUCGACCACAAAAGCCUAAUUACAGACAUAUUCAUCGCUUCCCACUUCCUGUUGCAGUCCAUCCACUACCACCCCUGAUCCCGCACAAUCCAUUGUCUGUCAUUAGUGUCAUCUUGUCAUAUCUCACAACAUACUUAGUCUCUCCACCAGAAAAAGAAAUAUAUUCCGCUUAUUUUGAUGCUUCUACCUCAUCCAUACAAGUCACGGAUCCAAAAACCAUGAGAGCUCUAUGGGAGAUGGGUUUCUUUGGUAAAGGUAGCCUGAGCAGGAGUGAGCCUAGCUGGCUUGAACGUGAGAAGAAAAGAAGGGGUCUAUUAGCCAACAAGACGAAUGAAGAAGUAACGGGCCAACGAAGAGUAGAGCGUCGUGAAAUGAAACUCGAGCGAGCGAGGAAGGAGCAAGAAGCUAUUGCGCAGCAAUUGAGAGAGGAGGCAGCUCGGCAAGCGGGUGUUGCUCUUCAAUCAGAUACGCUGGCUCCCUCUGCCGCUGAACACAUGAAUGACACUCUCAAUGCAUCUGCCGAUAAGGCUGUUAUCCCAUCCGAAACCGUGAUCGUUGAUGAGCACAUCAAUGGCUCUUUGAAUGGGUCCGCUGAAAACGUCAAUGUAUCGUCCAGCGAAGCAUCGAGCACAACGAAGACCGUACGCUUUUCGCCGGUGGUUGAAGAGAAACAGUUCACACCCGAGCCAGAGCAUAGCCAUAUCAAUGGUUCAACAAAAAUCACAGAGGAAACUCUGAUCAACGAGGAGCAUCUCCAACUAACCAACGAAGAGGCCCUGUUUCUUGUAUACGGAUUGGGAGCACUUCAGGUCUUCGACCAAGACACGAAUACAAUCAUACCGACGCCAUCUCUCAUCAAGCUCUUCACCCAGAACUCUACAUUCCCAGCCCUGUCUGAUGCACAACCUAUCGCUCCAGAUGACCCAUUCCUCAUCUCCUACGUGGCCUACCAUCACUUCCGUUCCCUUGGCUGGGUAGUCCGAUCUGGUGUCAAAUUCGGCACUGACUACCUACUCUACAACCGUGGACCGGUUUUUGCACACGCCGAAUUUGCGGUCCUCGUCCUACCUUCCUAUGAAAACUCAUACUGGGAAUCUACCCCCGAGCUCAAGGAGUAUUCUACCAAAAAGCAAUCGCGUAGUUGGUGGUGGUUACAUGGCGUGAACCGUGUGCAGGCACAAGUCAAGAAAACCCUUGUUCUAUGCUUUGUCGACGUGCCGCCUCCAUCAGCGUCAGCAUCCCUGGAUAACCUAGGAGAGACUCUACGUCAGUAUAAAGUGCGCGAGAUUCUGCUUCGACGAUGGCUGCCGAAUCGGUCUCGAGAUUGA